AUGGGAGGCGUCUGCCAUCAGUUGGUUCAGUUUGGUAUGUUGGAACAUCUCAAGGCGGCCCUGCCCUUCACCGAUCCAUCCACCAUCAAUAGACUGUUGGACUUGGCACUGUACUUUGGACGUCAAGAGAUAAUGGACUACCUUGUCCAGACAACUACGAUUCGCUUCUCCGUCCGUGCAAUCGAUGUUGCAACACAUCAUGGCAACCUGAGAUUGAUAGACUAUGUGAUUGGAAAUUGUACAUUGCCAAGAGAACAGGCUAGGGUGGCCUGCUUCAGGUUGGCCUGUGCUCAUGGCUUGAUCGAUGUGGCCAAACACCUACUCGAGAGCCAAAGCAUUCGCCAACUCGUUCCAAACUACUUUGAUCUUCUGAAGGUUGUCAUUGAACGAUGCAACAACAUCAGCACUCUGCAGUUCCUCUUCCAACUGUGGCCUCCGACACCCGUACUCGUCCUAGAUUGUCGCCGUCAUCUUCAGAGAUCUAGCGUCCAACGACUUGGCCACGCAACAGAUGACUAUCUACAAUCAUUUGUAAAGUAA